UGUGUGGUGGAUAUUUCGGCCAUAUUGCUGGAAAGUUUUUAGUGUAUUUGUCAAAAGUUACAAAUUAUUCGUUACAUUUCCUUUGUUGGCUUGUCAAUUUCUCAGAAACUUAAAGGAAUUAAUACGUUUAUUGCGUUCUAUUAAAUCAUUUUCUUGGAAUGUCAACGAUCUUUUGAUCUAGAGAUUUGUCCAGUAGAAGCCUUUCGGUUAUUGAAGAAGUGUCAAGUUCCCAAACCCCCGCAUAGAACACGGCACUCAAAUAAUCAUUGAAAGAGUUCAUUGCAGCAGUAUGCCCUGAAUGGACCAGCCGCUAUUCUGUCACACCAUGGCAUGCAGUUUGCAAUCCGUGGAGAAUCGGGCUUCGUUGCUUCUCAGUCAGGUCACAUGCUCAGCCGAGCAGUCGAUCCUUCGCAUAAUCUGAUCUUAAACGGGACUACGGAACAUCGGCACAUAAAUGGCCACAUGGCACACAGCAGUGUGGACAAUCCAGUAGACCUGUCCAACUCCGGGGUGCUUGAGGUCAACGGACUGGUCAAGGAGGAGCAGCAGCUGGUUGACCGUCGCCAUGGCAACCAGCCAAUGUAUGGCCACCAAGGCAUCACUGUUGGCAUUCCAGAUCAGUCACAUGAUGCGGGAAGCCAACUUAUGGCAGGAUCGCUCACACCGCCAGAUAAACUCAACGGGGAUCUUGUUGCUAUCGCCUCGUCCAGUCCCCUCGGCAUCAACACCCUCUCCACCAUGCAGGCCCCACCCAGCCCACUUCCCACACCGUCGCCACCACUGAUGAGGAACAUGGGGGACACGUGUUUCAGCCACAGCUCUUUCCAAAGUCAGAAACUGACAAAAGAAGCUAUGAGAAGAUAUUUACGGGACAGAGCAGAUCAAAUAUUAGUUAUUCUACAUGCAAAAGUGGCACAGAAAUCCUACGGCAAUGAAAAAAGGUUUUUCUGCCCUCCGCCAUGUAUAUAUUUAUUUGGGAGUGGCUGGAAACGGAAAAAGGAUCAGAUGGAACAGGAAGGGGCUGGUGAACAGGAGUCAACUGUCUGUGCGUUUAUGGGUAUCGGCAACUCCGACCAGGAGAUGGUUCAGCUUAACCUUGAGGGCAAGAAUUACUGUGCAGCAAAGACUUUGUAUAUAUCGGACUCUGAUAAGAGGAAACAUUUUAUGUUGACUGUAAAAAUGUUUUACGGCCUUGGCCAGGACAUUGGUGUGUUCCAUAGCAAGCGGAUCAAAGUGAUAUCGAAGCCUUCUAAAAAGAAACAGUCUCUUAAAAAUGCAGACUUGUGUAUUGCAUCAGGGACCAAAGUUGCAUUGUUUAACAGACUGCGCUCACAAACUGUAAGCACUCGCUACCUCCAUGUUGAUGAUGGGAAUUUCCAUGCAAGCUCUACGCAGUGGGGAGCUUUCACCAUCCAUUUAUUGGAUGAUAACGAGGGUGAAUCGGAAGAGUUCACGGUGAGGGACGGCUACAUCCACUACGGUUCAACAAUUAAGCUCGUCUGUUCCGUUACAGAAAUGGCAUUACCCAGACUUAUAAUUCGAAAGGUUGACAAGCAGACGGCACUGCUGGAUGCAGAUGACCCCGUGUCCCAGCUUCACAAAUGUGCGUUCUAUCUGAAGGACACAGAGAGGAUGUACCUCUGUCUAUCUCAGGAGAGAAUCAUUCAGUUCCAGGCGACACCAUGUCCAAAAGAACAGAAUAAAGAGAUGAUAAAUGAUGGUGCAUCAUGGACAAUCAUUAGCACUGACAAGGCAGAGUAUACGUUCUAUGAGGGGAUGGGGCCAGUGAAGAUACCAGUAACUCCAGUGCCUGUUGUUAACAGUUUACACUUAAAUGGUGGCGGGGACGUGGCGAUGUUGGAGAUAAGUGGUGACAACUUCACGCCGUCGUUCAAGGUGUGGUUUGGCGAGGUGGAGGCGGAAACGAUGUUCCGCUCUGAUGAGAGCAUGCUGUGCGUCGUCCCCGACAUCUCCGCAUUCAGGGCUGGCUGGAGAUGGGUGCGACAACCACUGCAGGUACCAGUGUCGUUAGUACGAAAUGAUGGCAUUAUCUACUCAACUGGAUUAACAUUCACAUACACCCCAGAACCCGGUCCUCGAACGCACUGCCGUGAGGUGGAUGAAGCAUUUAGACAUAACACAACGGCCAGUCCGGACUCUACGUCAAACAUUUCAAACAUCUUGUGAUAGUUGCAAUCUUCUCAAACCUUGCAUUGCUGUUGUGACGUGAUAUAUUUCUGCAGCAGAAAAUGUCUUUGCCCAAGAUACCAAAUGAAAGUGCUUUAUGUGUGUGACUUGUCAAUGUCAUCAUUCAAUGUGGCCAGUAAUGGAGAUCUUUUUUCUUUUUUUUUUAAAUGAAGAUUCAGGUGUGUCGGAUUCUAUCGUGCCUUGAUGUGAAUGCCACCAUUGUGAGCUCCAUUUUUUACAUUUUAUUUUAUGAUUUUAAUCAAAAUUUGAAUCUUCAAGUCUUUGGUAUUUGCUUGUGGCUGUUAGAAUUUUAUGUUGUUUACUUCGGCUGUCUGGGAAGAUGGGGACGGUGAGAUCUAUUUGCAUGCCAUGCGAUGCAUUCUGACUGUUCGGUGGAAUCGACCCAGCGACAGCAAUGAUUUCCUUUGUACAAGGAGGAUUAGUC